AUAUAUUUGACUUGCUUUCUUAAACUAUGAUUUAAAUGCUAUUUAUUUUAUAUUGGGUGUGUUAGAGUAAUACAAACAGAUGUGGAUCUUAUCACAAUUCAGACUAGCAGAACACUGACAUAAAGAUGACUCAGAUUUUAAGAUUUUCGUGUUUGGAGCUCCUCGGCUAGAGAAGAUGACCUGUGCUGACCGACUGUCCUCGAUUCCACAUCUUAGUCAAUACAUUGUUGGGCCUCACACUGCUCAAAAAGAGAAACACAGAGAGUGAGAGAGGUUAAAUUAGUGGACUAAGGGGGUGGGGGACUCAAGAGGGUGUCACUAGCUCCCCCCUUUUUCUUUAUCUCCGCUCCUCUCAUCUCCUUGGUCACAUACACACAUAUCGUUACACCGACGAGGGCUUCAGUCCCGCGAUGGCCAACGCCAGCAGCCCCGAGGAGAGCUCUCCCACCCAGGGCGCCGUAGCGCCGGCGGAGUCUGACCCAAAAAGUAGCGUAGAACCCGGCUCGGCGGAGAAGCCCGAGCCCAGCGAGGCCCCUUGUGACAGAGAGGAUGAGGAAGAAGAGGAAGACGCCGCGGGUCAGAGUGGCAAUCCGGAGUGGGUGGAGGAGAGGUUCAGGAUUAAUAGGAAGAAGUUGGAGAGCAUGUUGUACGCUCCGAAGACUGGAGAUGCGAUGACAGGCGAAGAGUUUUUUGAGAGAGUGAUGAAAGAGACUGACACUCAGGUGAAAUGGCCUUCCAAGUUGAAGAUUGGAGCCAAGUCAAAGAAAGACCCACAUGUCAAGGUGGAAGGGAAGAAAGACAAUGUUUUGGAAGCCAAAAAGAAGAUCUUAGAAGUUCUAGAAACCAGGGCAAACAAGGUGACCCUGAAAAUGGACGUGGCCUACACGGAGCACUCCCACGUGAUUGGCAAAGGUGGCGGAAACAUCAAGAAGGUGAUGGAAGUCACUUCCUGUCAUAUCCAUUUCCCAGAUUCCAACCGCCACAAUGCCGCAGGAGAGAAAAGCAACCAGGUGUCGAUUGCUGGACCUAUCGAGGGAGUGGAAGAGGCCAGGAGGAGGAUCAGAGAUCUACAGCCGCUGACUUUGACGUUCGACCUGCCGGUCAGUCUGGCUCCCCAGAGCCUGCCGGACGCCAGCUCGCCUCUCAUCCAGCAGGUGGCGCAGACGUUAGGGGUCAGCGUGAGUUUCCGAGCCGUGCCUCCGCAGCCUCAGGCGCAGCCCGCCUUCUUCGGGAGCUGCUGCACAGUUUGGGGCCUGCAGGGCAACGCCUCCGCAGUCAAGAAGGCGACUUGCGUUCUGAUGGAGCUGCUGCUGGGGUCAGAUAUAACAGGGAGCGUGGUGAGCAGCCAGCUGGACGUGACCUCGCAGCAGCAUCUCUUCUUGUUGGGGCAGAACGGAGCUCACUUCCUGAGUGUGAUGCACCACACACAGACCCAGAUCAUUCUACCUGACCUCAGCGCACCUCAAAACGUCCCCUCGCUAGUUAUCCAGGGUAGCCCCGAUGGAGUUUGUCUGGCCCGGCAGCAACUCAUGGACUGCCUGCCAGUGUGCUUGAUGUUUGACAUGCGGGAAGAUGCUGAGGCAGAUCCUAGCACGCUCGCUCAGAUGAUGCAAAACCUUGGUGUUUUCAUUAGCGUCAAGCCGAAAGCGAAACAGAGCAACAAGUCCGUGGUGGUGAAAGGUCUCGAAAGGAACAUCCAGUGUCUUUACGAAGCCCGUCGCCUAUUGUUGGGCUUGGAUUCUUGCGAUGCCGCAAAGGAAACCAGUGUGGCGCCUGAUGCCGUUCUGGCCAGCAAUGAGUUGACCAGCUAUUGGCUCAACAUGUUGCUGCAACAGCUGCGUCUUUCGGAACACGGACCUUUACCUUCUCCUGUUCCUGAGGUUCCAAGUGCUACAAAGUCUCGUCCAUCACCUCCACCCGGGUUACCUGCCCCCAAUGAAGAAAGCAGGGCGGUACUGAAGGGAACAGACAGUCGCCCGCUGGAGAAGAUCCUUGAAAACGACGACCAGUCCAGCCAAUCAGAUGACGAAAACUCCAAGGAUAUGAUGAUGAUGACAUCAGCGGAGGAAGCGAUGAACAUCCCCGGUGGCCUCAGGACGACGCUGAUGGGUCGAAGGGGAAGUCUGCAGAGUCCAGAGUUGAUCAAAGUUUUCAACCAGGCUAGACGUCAUUCCACAGGACAGGCGUUUACAUGCAGGUUGCUGAAUGCAGAAACGGAGCGAGGGAAGACGGAGCGCAGGAACAGCCUGAGGAGAGACGUGAUGCUGUCCCGGGAUGUUUGCGUCGACGUCUCAGAAUCGGAGGUUUACGACUAUGAGAAAAAGAAAUUGCUUGCGACCAGAGCGAUGCAGAGAAAGCCUGUGGUGACCGAAGUCCGGACACCCACCGACACUUGGAGCGGCCUCGGCUUUUCCAAAUCCAUGCCAGCGGAGGCUGUAAAGGAAAUGCGCAAUAUCAGUCGUCGCAGCUACAAACCCUACUUGAGCACAAGCAGCAGCCAGUCAUGGGCCAAUCAGAGUGGGACAGCGUCUAACGGGAGCAACUCAGACAACUGGAGGGACAGACGCGGAUCCCAGCCCGCCUCCUCGUCUUCCUCUUCCUCCUCUUCUUCACCGUCCUCCCCACCACCGACCUCCUCCUCCUCCCACUUCCCUUCUUUUGCAUCCAACAGAAACAGAAGCGACAAACCCCAGGACGUUUUCCCGGGUUGCAACUACUUUGACGACGUGUGCUUAUCGAGGAGGGCGUCCAGCUGUAGUCAGCGUAGCUCCUCCCCACAGAUGAUGGACGACUUGCCAGAGCUUCUCAGCCAGCUGGGCUUGCUGAAGUACAUUGAUGUGUUGGAACAACAAGAGAUCGACUACCACACGUUCCUCACACUGUCUGAUGAAGAUCUGAAGGAAGUUGGAGUCUCCACCUUCGGAGCCAGACGCAAGAUGUUAAUAGCCAUCUCGGAUCUGAACAAGAGCAAGAGGAGACCUUCGGACACGCCCGGCGUCAAGUCCGGAUACCUGGAAGGCGGCGCCAGUGGUAGAUUGCCUCGCAUCGCGGACGUGGAAGUCGCGGCCUUGAGUAACCGCUGGUGAACACACUCUGAUCUUCUCCAUGAGGCACCUGGCGCUCAUUCAUUCGUGGAGUGUUCCAUCAAUCUACCAUCCAUGUUUUCAGGACGUGGGAAUCAACUGGAUUACCCGGAGAAAACGGGUAGAAUGUAUUUUAACUAAAACACAACAAAAUGCCAAUGUGCCUUACACGAAAAGCCAAAUUCCAAAGUUUUUUUUUUGGUUUUUACAAACUCUUGACAAGGAGGUCUCCUCUUACAAAUUUGUUUUUCUGUUCAAACGUCACAUUCAAGUUGAUGAUAGUUCUGAGAGGUGUUUUUUUGUUGUUGCAAAUUUGACUUUUUAUGCUUUCUCUAU